AUGUCGCUCUUCAGAAUCAGGGGUGCUGCUGGCCUUCGGGUCAGCCGACUUUCUGCGCCUGUCAAUGCCCGUUUCCUCUCGAACGCCCCCAAGGGAGUUCCUUCCGUGAAGACCACCACUGCGGAUGCUCCCACCACGCCUCCCAAGGACAGCUCCCUGAUCACCAAGGAGACCCCCUCCGAGGCUAUGGCCCGUCACCAGCCGGAUUAUGAGGCCACCAUUGACCACGGCACCUCGCAAUUUUCCCCAGUGCCCAAGCGUGUGAUGGAUGGUAGCGAGCCAGGCGACACUCUCCCCGCGGCCGUCCUCUCCGGAGCCCCUACCGAUCUCCAGGCCCGCAAUGUCCGUAUCUACCGCCCUACCAAGGCCGCAACACAGUCCGGUACCUGGCACCAGCACCACUGGCGCAUGGAUUGGGAUAUCUUGCAGCGGGGCCACCGCUGGGAGAACUCCCUCAUGGGCUGGCAAUCGUCUGCCGAUAGCAUGCAAGGCACCAACUUGAAGUUCAAGUCGAAGGAAGACGCUAUCGCUUUCGCCCAGAAGCAAGGUUACGAAUACUUUGUCCAGGAGCCGAACGAGCGUCGCUUCGUGCCCAAGUCCUAUGCCAACAACUUCGUCCACGAGCCCAAGAAGCUCAGACAUAUCAAGACCAAAUGA